AUGGCAACGUCCCUGACCGACAAAUGGACAUUUGAAGAGUGGCUUCAAAUGAAGGCAAUGAUUGAACCUAUGAUCAGAGCACACCUCGAAAUAUGGGAUCAGGCAGAUGAAGCUGCCAUUCGAGUCAUGGAAUUGCGGCAGUUGACCAUGGCGGCAUCUGUUUGGAGCGAUGAUGAAGAGACGAUUGACCUAGUUGGAGCCGCAACGCAGGCGCAACUGCGCGAAGUUCUGCGACUUGUCGAGAGGAUGCGAAGCACAAUCAGCCGAAGUUCCAGAUUGUGCCUACAAAUUGGACAGGCAGUAGUAUAUAAUGGGCGUUAA